CAGCCAAUACUCAACUCCCGUUACCCGCUUGCUGGCAGCCUGAACUGGUGCUUCUGGAGCAUAUGCUGCCCGAUGGCCUUCUGGGUGGUUGGCGGGGGAAAUCCGCUUGGUGACGCUGCCUCAUCUAGUCGAGGUCAGGUGGCGGCUUACAUCAAGGGCGAGGCUCUGGGAUCCAAUGGCAAGCGGAGGAUCUUUGCAGAUGGAAGCGCGUCUGCCUGCAGUGAGGCGGGCUGCUACGGCAUCACCAAGAGGCCGCGUCUGGACGACUGGGGGCGCGUCAUUGGCUUCUACGGCAAGGGCCAUCAUGCGGCCGGCUGCGAGCACGAGCGUUCCGGCCAUGUGAGCCUUGCUGCCGCCGAUGCCGAAGCCGAUGCCGCCUCGAUCCACGUCAAGAACCUCGCCUUCCUCGUCAUCCGCGAGCGGGAGCCCUCUCCACCGCCGACGCCGCCUCCGCACAAGGGCCCGUCUCCGGACCUCCGCCCCGGAUUCCCCGCCCUCGCCCCGUCCUAUGCCCCGGCGCCGAUGGAACGCACCCAGUCGGGCCUCUCCAUCUCGUCCGACACGUCCGCCGUCGACUCUCGUGACAGUGACCUCGAGCCGCUGCUGAGUGAUCUUGCCGCGGCUCGGCUGGUGCGGCGCCAUGUGGCCAACAACUGUCGAUGGAAGCACCGCGACUCGCAGCACGGCCGCAUCCUCAAGGCCCUGAUCAACCCCAAGUCGCGAGAGGCGGACUUCCCCCUCGACAACGACGCCCUCCGCAGCAUCUUCUCGGCCGCCAACGAGCUCUUCUUCGCCAACAAGCUGACGCAGAGGGUUACCUGGGACUGGAGCCACCCGGCCAGCGCGCAGUACGAGAGCCACAUUGUCGGCACUACGGCCCUGCGUCGGAGUGUUCGUCUGGGCGGCUAUGAGACGCUCAUUGUGCUGUCGUCGCCCAUCCUCAAGGACACAAAGUACAACCGCCGGCUUCUCAUCUCCACCUUCUUGCACGAGAUGAUCCACAGCUUUCUCUUCAUCACGUGUGGCAUCAAGGCUCGAUACCAAGGUGGCCACACCGAGGGGUUCCGUCAGAUUGCCGAGAUCAUCGAUGACUGGGUUGGGGCAGAGCAUCUUCGGCUGCGGGACAUGGAGGCCGAUCUCGAGCGCUUCAUCGACGACGGACCUCCUACUACUACCGCCGUUCGAGCCUCCAUAGAGGGCGAUUUUGCCCACUCGAACCAUUAUUAUUACAGCGGCCACAACCACAUCCACAACCCUCCCACGACAUGGCCCGUCUCCGAGUGGCAGCACGCCGAGAAACAUGACUAUCGACUCAUUGAAGCGCCGCAGCCCUAUACACGAUAUCCCAGCAACUACGAUGAGUGGGAAUGGCAUGACAGGGAAGGUUUCCCAGCCCAUGCCGCCCUUUCAUACCACCAUUGACACAUAUUUUCCUUUGAUAUCCAACCCGGCGUGUACAAAGUACUCACGCGUACAGAGACAUUACAGCUUUUUCCUUUGUUGGAUGGGACAUGAAAGACCAGAAAAACAGCAUGAUAUGAUUGUAGAAUUUUUGUAUAAGAAAAUGGUGUGAACGAUUAAAUCUCUGUUUUUUUAGCAAGGUGUUUUGGCGAAUGAA